AUGAAGAGAUUGAAGUCGAGUGAUGAUCUUAACUCUUAUGGAGGAGAAAAGGGUGUUUUUAAGGAUUGGGGAAGAAAGGACGAUGAUUCAAAUUUGCACCAGUCUUCAUCUCACAGAAGUUAUCAUUACAAGUCUGAAAGUGGGAAACGGGGUUUAUCCUCUUCUUCUUCUUCACGUUAUGAAAGGGUAGAUGAUGAUCUUAAGAAUCCAAAGUUGACACGGAAAAGGUCAGAUUAUGAUAUUGACAGUUACGAGAGGAGAAAGAGUUAUGACAGGUAUAGGGAUAGUAAUGAGAGGGGAAUCUUGAGUUCAUCCCCUCGUGGUGGAUAUGGUGGUGAUCGGAUACACAGAUCUGAAAGUUUUUCAGGGCCAAGGAGAGAUUUCCCUAAAGGGUUUAGAUCAGAAAGAGAUCGGUCAAGGCGAGAGGGAAGUGUUUCUUCAUGGAGGCGGUUUGGUGGAGGGAAAGAUGUGGAGGAAAGCACAAAGAGUGGCAGUGAUUCUGCUAGAGGAAGUAAAGCAGCUUCAGAAGAAGUUGGUAAUGCGAGGUCCCCACAGGGAGGGAGAGAUGCAAAGUCACCACCAUGGUCAAAGGACUCUGGAAGCGAGCAGUCAAAGUCUUCAAAGAGUCUUGAAGUGAAGAAGAGUGAAAGUCUUCCAGAAGAAAGUGGAAACAAUAGUGAAAGAGAAGAAGGAGAGCUUGAACCUGAUCCCGAACCUGCUCCUAUUGUCCAGAACAUCACUGAAGAUCCACCUUCUGGGCCAUUAAAACAUGAAAAUCCCAUUGAUGACAAAUGUGUGGAAGAAUCCAAGGGUGAUCCAACAUGUGUUGUUACUGAUAUCGAAGAACCAGUACCUGUAAUUAACAAAGUUAAUGAAUCAUCAACUUCUGAAGAUUCUUCAACCCAGAGAACAGGUGAAAAUGGAGUUGCAGUUCCGUUUUUGUCAGAUAGCCAAAAGAAGGAUGCAGCAGAACAAAGCCAAGCUUAUAAUGAUCACAAAGAGGAAGCUAAAGAUGUUAAACCUGAGGAAACAAAACCUAAACAAGUAAAUGAUACAACUCUUGAAGUCAAGGGGGAGAAUAUGAGCAUGGAUACAAAUACACAAGGACAGACUCCCAUGUUAAUGAAAACGGAUCAAGUGGUUUAUUGCAUAGCAAGGAAAUUGACAUAG